AUGUCGCAAAGUUACAUAACUCUGAAGAAGGAUCCCCGACCAACGCACGAUCCACCGUUUACGUUGAAGGAUUUGAAAGCCGCCAUCCCGCCACAUUGCUUCGAGAGAUCCACAUUGAAGUCUUACGCUUAUGUUGUUUGGGAUUUAACGAUGGCGUGUUUGUUAUAUCUAAGCACGGGCUACUUCAACCAUCCUUAUUUACCGCCUUGGGCGUCCUAUAUUCUCUGGCCUCUCUACUGGAUUUGCCAAGGCUGUGUUUGCACCGGCAUCUGGGUUUUGGCGCACGAGUGUGGCCAUUAUUCGUUUUCCGACAGCAAGAUUGUUUGUGACUACACUGGGCUUGUGUUACAUUCUGCGCUGCUUGUGCCGUAUCAUUCAUGGCGAAUAAGUCACGCAAAACAUCAUCGAAGUACAAAUGAUAUGGACCGUGACGAAGUUUUUGUUCCCAGUACAAAAGAAGAGUUUACUAAAGAUGGACUGGCAGCUCUGUCUCCCACCUGGAACGUUUUGUCCCUGUUGAAAAUGUCCCUGUUUGGCUGGCCUGGCUAUCUAAUGUUCCACGUCGCCGGACGUAAAUACCACACUCAUACAGAUCACUUCAACCCAAAAAGCCCGAUUUUUAGCGAGAAAGACUAUAAAGACAUCGUUAUCAGUGACAUUGCAUUGGUGGUGUGGAUCGGUUUCCUUGGCUACCUGGCUUAUGUGAACUCUACUUUUUGGCUGUUGAAGGUAUAUAUCAUCCCUUAUCUCAUUGUGAAUUUCUGGUUGGUCUUCAUCACGGACUUACAACACUCGGAUGCCGCUGUGCCUCACUAUAGAGGCCAACAGUGGAACUGGCUUAAAGGGGCACUGUGCACCGUGGAUCGGGAUUACGGAAUUUUGAAUCAUGUUUUCCACCACAUUGGAGACACACACAUUGCCCAUCAUCUUUUUUCACACAUACCUCACUACCACGCAGUUGAAGCCACGGGGCAUCUGAAGAAAGCUCUGGGAGAGUUCUAUUACAAAGACGAGACACCAAUUUUCAAGGCUAUGUGGUUGACUGGCAGAUACUGCCGUUAUGUUGAAAACUCUGGUGAUAUUUUAUGGUUUAAGCAUGAUUAA